CUGGAAUACUGUAGUGAAUUAUUAGUCGUUUUGUUCAUUUUGAAAAUGUUCGUGUGAGCGUCUCUGUACAUGUAAACAUCUCGCGCGGGACGGACGCUUUGGCUAACUUCUUCAUCUCCAUUACUGUCCCUGAAAUUUAAAUUAAUACUUGAAUUAUGUCCACGUACCAGGUAAGGUCACUAGAGGAGGCAGACCAGAUAAUUAGGGAGCACGAGAGAAAGACCAAGACCACAUACGCCCUCCUCAGGUCGACCAAGAAUUUUGGCUGUGUUGAUGUUCCAGCCUGUGCCAACGAUGAAAAUGAAGUCAGGUUUGAGACUGUUGGUGUUCCCUACUGUGGUGUGCCUUUUUUUGUGGCAGGACUCAAGAUUCUUCAGUGUCAGUCUUAUAGGGGACGGGGAGGAAGAAAAAAAAAGGAAAUAAAAAUUGAGCUGACUGGUUCAGGAGCUGGUGUGAUUGGAGAGGCAGGUGUGGGAGAUACAGGAGGUGAUGAAGAUGACCCCUUACAAACAAAACCAAUGGUCAAAAAGAAAAAGAAAGCUGGUCGAGCCCAUAAAGUUGGCUGUACAGCCACCAUUAUCAUGAAGGAAGUUAUAUAUUAUCCUGAAUUUCAGUUAUUUGAACACUCUAAAAACAAUCGCAUAGCUGUGGCACGUCAACUUAAAGAUGCACUGAAGACCAAGGCUCCGGUGCAGAAGGAUCGUAUCAUUUAUGUGACAGUGCCAGCAAUGUCUGACCAUUUUGGUCACUCAGUUGGACUGGGCACUACAAAGCAGGGAGCAAAGCGUCUUUUUGUAAAGAAUGACUUUUAUGGCCAUAAUGAACCAGGCUCCAGCAAGAGAGUUUACUACCCUGUCAAGCAAGAGAAGUUAAAUGUAGCACAGUUAACCAAGCGCAUGAAAGUGGAUGAAGAUGACACAGAAGCCAGAGCCAAGGAAGUGCGUGAGAUUUUGCAAAGCAUCAUGGGACUUACAUAUAAGCAACCUGGAACAACCGAGGCAUAUCGUGAACUAUAUAAAGAUUUGAUGCAAGCCAAACUUAAAUACCAGCAGACAAUGGACUCCCUGCUUGGAGGAGCCCAUGUCUCACAAAUCCAUGUAGUAGAUGGAUUAGUAGGACAAAAUGGAGACAACCAAGAUGCGAGUCAAACUGAGGGCAAUGAAGACUCUUGGCCUGUACCAAGAACAGCUGUCGUAACUACAACUGCAGAACCUACUGCUACUCUUCCACCAGUUUCUUCUGUUACCACAACUACAACAAUUGCUGCUGCACCUCAGGUUCAGCAAAACCCAACUGUGGCCACAACAGCCACCACAACUGCCGAUGGCAAUAACCAGGAAACCAGUAUCUUUAUUGAAGCUAUGGAAGCUAUUCUUAACUCACAGAUGUAAGGUCUAUAUGUUGGGAAGUUGUUUCAUAACCACGAUUGCAUAUUCAUCAGCUUUGAACAAAACCACUAUAGGCUUUUGUUGUUUGUCAUGUAUUUGGUAAAAAUGUGGGAUCAUAGAUUGUGAAAUCAGUAUUUUUUAUUCAAAAUAGUUAAGUUUAUUUAAAUAGUUUUAAGAAGUGGUAACCCUUUCAAUACAAUAAUUAAGUGGUUCAAUUAUUAUGUGGGAAACAUUGCGACUCGUGUUUUUUCGUAUCCAUUCAUGUCAUUCUCUGCUUUUCAUUUAAUCAUAAAUCUUCCUUUUACAAUUGCAAUUAUCACUUUACUCAGAUUUACUAAUUCUUUUUAUUUGUUCUUUUAUUAUUAUUAUUUUACAAUUUAAUGGACUUUGAGAAUUUCACACAUCAAUAUGACGUUUAUUCAAGUUCAGCCUUUAUUGUACACCAUGAAACAUUAAUGAGUUAAUGCAGGUCAGUAUUUCAUUUCUGACAUACAGUAAUACCCCGAUUUACGCGGUCAAUUGAACCCGCGGAGUAGCACGUAAAACGAGAAACGCGUAAAUGGAAUAACAGAACAUACGAGAUUAAUUGAAAUAGAGACUGGGCCG